AUGGAGAAGGAUAUUGAAGCCAAGGGCGAAAGCCCGGCAGCUCGCUCCGACGUGACAGAAGGCAAUAUCGAAUUCCCUCGAGCUCCGACCGCUUUUGGCCGCUUCGUUGACAGUUUCAAACAAAAUCCCAAUGCUCGUGUCACUCCAGAAGUCGUGGAUGCCGAUGGCAAGCCGCUGCCUGACCAGCAACCAGCUGAGCCCGCUCUGGCUAUGAAGCUACAGCCCCGUCAUCUGCAGAUGAUUGCAAUCGGCGGCUCGAUUGGAACGGGUCUUUUCGUCGGUUCUGGUUCUGCAUUGGCCAAUGGAGGACCGGGAUCUUUGAUCAUUGCCUACGGACUGAUAGGUGUCAUGCUCUAUUGCGUUGUCCAUGCUUUGGGAGAACUCGCAGUGGCAUUUCCAGUCGCUGGUAGCUUCUCGGCUUAUUCCAGUCGAUUCUUGGAUCCAGCAUGGGGUUUUGCUAUGGGAUGGAACUAUGCCCUUCAGUGGAUGGUCACACUCCCUCUGGAAAUUGUCGCAGCAUCAAUCACGCUAGAAUAUUGGCCCGGAAGCAGAUCUGUGAAUGGAGCCGCGUGGGUUACCAUUUUUUUGAUUGUCAUUAUCGCCAUUAAUUUCUUCGGCGUACGGGGAUAUGGCGAGGCCGAAUUUGUUUUCUCUAUCAUCAAAGUCAUGGCGGUGAUAGGCUUCAUUCUGCUCGGAAUCAUCAUCAAUACUGGUGGAAUUCCUGGAGAUGACCGAGGUUACAUCGGCGCUCAGUACUGGUACAAUCCGGGUGCAUUCAACCACGGGUUUAAAGGCCUAUGCUCUGUCUUCAUCACAGCUGCGUUCUCAUUUUCAGGAACUGAACUGGUCGGUCUAGCAGCAGCAGAGACAGAGAACCCGCGCCUGGCUCUUCCAAAGGCAGUGAAACAGGUCUUCUGGCGUAUCGCCUUAUUCUACAUGGUCUCACUCACGGUCGUCGGUGUGCUUGUCCCUUACGAUGAUCCGAACCUUCUGAACGGAACCAGCUCCCAGGAUGCGAAUGCGUCGCCCUUUGUCAUCGCAGUGCGGAAUGCGGGUAUCUCGGCCGUGCCGUCCAUCAUGAACGCUGUCAUCCUCAUUGCCGUCCUUUCAGUCGGAAACUCUUCUAUCUACGGAGCCAGCAGGACUCUUGCGGCUCUGGCGGAUCGAGGCCAGGCACCAAAGAUCCUGGGGUACAUUGAUCGAUCCGGCAGACCGUUGGUAUCUAUAAUUCUUUGUUCCUCAAUUGGAUUUCUCUGCUAUAUUGUCGCGGCUGGUCCCGAUACUUCGACCGAAGCAUUCAAUUGGAUGAUUGCACUAUCUGGGCUCGCUGCAAUUUUCACUUGGGCGUCCAUUUGCCUCUGCCACAUCCGAUUCCGCCAAGCAUGGAAGGCUGGUGGCCACACACUUGAUGAGCUCGCAUUCCGCUCACAAGCGGGGCUCAUCGGUAGCUACAUCGGGUUCAUCCUGAAUAUCCUAGUGUUGAUCGCGCAAUUCUGGACCGGAUUCGCACCUGUCGGUUACGGGGAGAUGACGGCUGGAGAACGUGUCCAGAACUGGUUCCAAGUCUACCUUGCCGCACCACUUAUCAUCAUCUGCUACUUUGGCUACAAGUUCGCGCGCAAGACCAGCAUCAAGCGCAUCAGAGACAUCGACAUUGUCAGUGGACGACGCGAGAUGAACUUGCAGGCGAUUCUUGCUGAGGAGAGGGCUAUUCAGGCCAAGUGGCCGUGGUGGAAGAAGGUUUACAGAACGGUCUGCUAG